AUGCACCUAUCAGAUGUGUGCACUUUGGACAUCUCGGAAGCUGGCAAGUGCACUGACACGGAGAAAAGAGGGGACACUGCAUCAGUCGGCAAUGCAGCGCAUCAUUUCCAAGGGGGUCUACUCACAGCAAAGUCGCUCCCUCGCAAGAUCACUUGUUCUGGCCGGCUGUGCGCGCGAAGCUGUGGGCGGACUGUUGGGAGGGCAAUACUUGAGGGUGGUGUAGCAGAGAAGGUCCAGUUGGCCCAUGAGAUGGCACAAACAAAGAGCCUCACUGUCAGCACUGACAAAACAUCCCAUAGGCAUGUGAACUACGAAUCUCGGCACAUUUCAUACAAAGUUACCUCCUAUGCCAAGAAUGAUGUAACACCUGCCAAACCAGUUGUGCGGCUUCUGGGAGUUGAAUCAUCAAAGAACCAUUGUAGCGAGACGCAGCUAGAAGGCCUCCAAUUAUCAGUAGCUGCUCUUGCAACAAUUUACAAUGACUCUCCUCUUGCGCAAUGCACUGGUUCUGACUUCAGUGAUUGGAUCUUCACACGGAAGGCAAAGGGGAUCAAUGGUGACCAUGCCGCUGAUCAGAAGAAGGCCUUCUGGCUGUUUCAAGCAUGGAAAUCCGAGAACUUGCUGGCUGAUCUUGGCAAUAACGCUCUGUCUGAGAACCCUGCUCUCUCGGCAUCAUUCUCUGAAGCCCUGGACCGUGCAAAACAUCAGCUGGUUGCAGAGGCUGGUGGGCUCGAGUGCUGGAACAGCCUCUUACCCUCUGAGCGCACCAAACUGGAGUUGACAAUGAAGUCUUCCAUGGUGCGGACACUUGGACAAGAUGCCUACCUUGGGUUAUCAGAAACAGAGAAGCAUGAGGCUGAGUUCCUCAUACGUGCAGGGUGUUGCAUGCACAAGGAACUAAAUGCUGUAAAGGGCGGGAAUGAUGUAAUGAUGGCCAAAUGGGAUCGACUUGGCGUUGAAGGGCCAGUGCUCCUUGCAAACAAGGAUAAUGAUGCAACGCUACAGGGUGCUUCUCAUGGUGCUGAUUGUGAGCCAACUCCUGCUGAGGUGCGUGCACUGAAUGAGUCAAACCAAGGAGCAGUCAAGGCAAUCAGUCUUGCGGGCGGAAUCUUCAACAAUAAAGAUAAGAAGAAAGGCCAGCAUGAUACAUAUUGCUGGUACAUGGAAAACAGAGGGCUGGUAGCCAGUCAAUUUCCCGACACGAGCAAUGUCAGGUUCCAGUCUCACAUUGAAGCUGCGGAGGUGGUUCUCACGGAUCAUCAAGCUAUACUCGAGUUUCUGGAAUUUGUACGAGAUAAGAAAGAUCACUGGAAACUCAAUCACAUGGAACUCAACUUGUACAAGGCUCUCCACUGUUCGAAGACAAUGACGGAGGUUGUUGCCAUUGUGAUAUAUGGUGGUACAGUCUUGCAUCCAUAUUCACAGAUGGUUCGGGGGCCAGGCACAGAGUCUCUCAAUGUGCUGGACUUGGGACCGUUACACGAGGAACUGAAAAAGCACCUCAAAGUCAUUCUUACUAAUCCCAAGCUGAUCUUUGGUGCUAAUGUGGCCCCCGAGACAGCUUGCUUUGGUGGUCGGCCCUGGGAGCACUCGACAAGUGGGAGUCAUUCACAACUGAAUUUGCACCAGGCGGCACAUGACCAAGCCAGUACUGAGGAGCGCGAUGCUGCAUGGAUGCCUGCGACAAAUGACGCAAACGAGGGGGCCCUUGGCGCAUUCCGCCUGCGUGCACAAGAUAAGCCUACCUUAUCAAUGCAUCAGCACAAUUCGUUUGUGGAUGCAACAUUUACCUCAGAAGAUUUCUGCCAUGCCAUGCGCCUCGCGAGAGAAAUUGAUAGGGCUGGCCUCGAAAAGAACCGCCGCCUCGAGAUUAUUUGGCAUGAAGAGGGUGAGGUCCAAGCAAAGAGGCAGAGGGUCGCAGAGAGGCAGCAGAAGGAAGCACAGAAAACGGUGAGCCGAGAGGCUGAACGCAAUGCCACAGUGAUGGUCCUGACACUAAAUGAAGAAGAACUGAAUCGACUCACCAAGGAUAAGCUGAUCAUUCAACUGGAGAUUCACCGGGUACAAGAAUCGACUAUACCUCGGGGCUUGCGAAGCAUGGUGAAUAAGGACCUCAUAAGGAUAUUGAUAGCUCAAAUCUCUGUCGUUCUCCAGCAAAACGUGCACGCUGCGAGUGCGAGUGGUCCCUGUGAGCAAGGCAGAAGCUUGGACUCGAGCUAG